AAUAAAAAAUACAAAAAUAUGAAAAAAAGAAUGUAACUGGAAAGUGAAAAUUCCAAUUCAUGUUGCACACUUAAGAUUUUUGUACUUUGCUCAGAAAAAUAAAUGUAAGUCAAAUAAUAAUAAAAUUAGGUCUGCUUAUUUAUAUAAAGAACAUCUUACUGAAACAGAAAUCCCCUGUAGGUCUUUUGUUCUAUGGUUAUUUUGCUCGCUGUCAAUUAGAACUGUGGCUCUCAAUGUCAGAGUUUGGUAAAAAGGAAAGGAACUAUUUAUUCAAAAGUUAUAUAGGUUUAGAAUAAUGGCAGAAUUCUGCCAUUAAGUAUCACUUGAAACAAAGAAAUAUGCACAAACACACAGUCCUACCCUCCCCCUUUGCCUAGUCAGGCCAGUCUCAGAGCAUGCCAGUCAGAAGUACCACCUUCCAGAAAGAAAAAAAAUCAGAUGUCCACUGCUCACUUUUCCUGGUUCCUCCCAGUAAUCAGUGCUCCUGUGGGCAGGCCUCCGGUGGUUCCCAGCACCAAUAGCAGUGUCACCAAGAUCUCCAGUUCUUAAUCCAAACCCGCAUGGUACCUCCUCAUGGCUGCCCAGCAAGAGUCCUUUCACCCCAUUUUGACCUGCAUGGUCCCAUAAGGCCCCACACUGUCCCAUCACACAUGGCCAUUUGUUUAAACCCUAGCCUAGAUGCUCCUCUGUAACCCCAUUUCCGACUCCUCCCACAAUCGGCUACAUCUGCUAGCACUUCUAUAUUUUCCACCUUUCUUGACUGCCAUAAUUAGUCCAGGCAGGUGUGGCCCCAUGGCAUGGGGCAAACUAUCACUGUAACUGGGGAGGUGCCUCCCAGCAACAUCACAGGUCAAAGUCAUGCCCCUCUCCCAGGCUCACACAAACUAUUCAGUAUUCCUAAGAAGCUAGCCCACUGUUAUCGGUAUGCAAAGUAACUCUCAAUUGCUGUGCUGCUGCUCUUCCCAGCCCCACCCCCAACUAGGCUUGCUGGGGUUUUCAGGGCUUCUUAGCCUACACUCAGCUCUGAACCUCAUUUUACAUCUGUUACAUUGCCACACCUCUAAGAGGAAGGGCAAGUUUCAGUAAGAAGCACUUUCAGAUUACUACAAAAAAUGAACUUGGCUGCCGUGGAGUCUCCAGCAGCAGUCUCCUAUACUAAGAGAAUGAUCUUGCUGUUCCAGUUUCUCACGCUUGUCUCCUGCCUUGGCCCAGGAAACGCAGUUACACAAACCACAGCAACCCCAUUGCUGGUGGUGAAUGGGGUGCUGGGAGAGUCAGUAACUCUCCCCCUAAAGUUUCCUGGAGGACAGGAUACCAGUGUCAUCUGGCAUCAUGAUAAAAUAGCUAUCAUCUUCAUACAGCCAAAGGAAGCACAAAUCCAGGUGAUUGAUCCGAAACGGAAAGAUCGACUGCAUGUUGCCCAGUUCUACUCCUUGCAGAUCAACAACCUGACUAUGGCAGACAGUGGAUGUUAUUACGCCCAAAUAAGCACAUCAAGCUCCACAGAGAUUUCCAAAUACAAUCUGGGGAUAUUCAGACGACUGAGGAACUUACAAGUCACUAAUCACACUGAACUCUCUGACGAUGGGACCUGUGAGAUCCACCUAAUCUGCUCUGUGGAGAAUCCAAACGACCAUGUCUCAUUCAGGUGGCAGAUCACAGGAAACACACCUAUAGAGGAAGCAAACCUCACUAUCUCUUGGAACCCCAAGAAUUCCAGUGAACAAACCUACACUUGCACAGCUAUGAACCCUGUCAGCAAUUUAUCCUUUUCUCUCUCUGCCCAAAGUCUCUGCAAAGGUGCUUUUAACAAGAAAAAUCAACACCCAAAUAUCAUAUGGAUUGUAAUAGUGCUUUCUUUUUUCUGUAUUGCUAUGUGUCCAAUGUUUGUUUGGAGGAAAAGAAUAACAGGUUUCUUACAGUUUUCUACUCAUCAAAACCAGAAUCAUGCAGAGAUCCUAAGGAACUCAGACGAUGGCCCAAUCUCUCCAGGAAACACUGUGUAUGCUCAGGUCACUCAUCCAAACAUGCAACAUAGUCAGAUGGCCUUGGUCAGGCAUCAACAAUUCCCUACCACCAGCAACAGGCAUAUUUCUGAAGAACACUAUACAUCUUUAGAGGCCAGUUUCCAUGUCAACUGAAAAACAGCCCAAAGAACUCAUCAUUCUCCAACUAAUGGGAGCAAUGGUCUAGCUAGAAAUCUUGGAUCACCUCAUACAGCCCCUCAGAGGUAUUUGCAAAGCAGGCUCCUUGAAGAAGGAAACACAGAGGAAUACUCUUACUUGUUCAGAUAUUUCUAUGUCUUUUCAAUUUCUUGGAGACAAGAUAAAUCACUCUCAACAAACCAAGAAACUAAUCUCCUGCAAAUCUUACUUUUUCUUUAGAACAAAAUUGUACUUUGGAGAGUUUCAGAAGUCUUGAUAAUACCCUAAUAUUCCUUAAUUAAUUUUAAAUGUCAAAAUCUCUGAGCACAGGGGAUUCCUGCUGUUAUUGCUAUACUUUGUAUUCCAAGCACAGCCACUCUCAAUACCACAUGUUUCUGCAACUCUACCAGUUCCUUCUGUUUGAGGAUAACCCAAUGACUUGAUGACCAAUCAGUUAGAAUCACAGGGACAAAAUGGAGCAGGUAAUACCUCCAGUUACAGCCAGUAAAAUCUGAGGCAAAAGACAGUAGAGUUGGGUUCAGGACAAAAACAUUUUAUUUUCUUUACAAUAUAUGUAAAAAAGGUCAUCACCCUUCUGCCUCUCUCUGGUUCUUGAGUCCAGUGGUUUGCUGGGGUGUGCUUCUGUUUGGAGCUCAGAAAAUGCCACUAAAUUUUCACAUGUUUCAUUGGUGUUUGGUCUCCAGCUCCUCUUGCUAAACACUCCCUAGCAUUCCUCUGGAAGAACUUUGUCAUACUACCUUUCCCUGGGAAUAUGUCUGUGCAUGAAUAUCUCUUUGUCUAUGUGAGCCAAAUCAGUAUGAUUAUUUAUUACAGAAAACAGAAAUCCCAAUAUCUAUGAAAAACAAUGAUUCCUCCACAAUUUACUCCACAAUUUCUCAAUCCAAACAGGUAAGCCUAUGAUUGCCCCAUGUUCUUACAUUCUUACCUCUCUCAUCAGACCUACAACUUUGUGAAAGAAGUAAAAGUUAAGGAGCCAUUUUACAGAUGCACAAAUACCAGUAGGAUACAGAAAGUCUCAGGACAUCAGCAAAACACAUACAAAAAGUUACCUUGUUUUAGGAUCACCACACAUAUCUGAGAUUUCAGCCUAUUUGUUUUUUAAUGUAAUUCUGCCUUAUUCUAUCAAUAUCCCUACUGCCUUCUAGUCCUUUCCUUACCUCCUCUGUAGCCCUAGGGGGGUGGCCUAGAACUCUGGUCCCUAUUAACCUACUUCACUUUCCUCUUUUUCCUAGUAAAAUAAACCUAUUUCUUCCAGGGCAACUGUCAUCAUCUAAGUUGCUGAAAGGUAUCAAAGGAUUUCAGGAGUGACACAUCUUCUCCUGAUCCCAUGGGAGAGAAGAGAGUUUAGUUUCUGCCUGAAAAUAGAAUUUGAAUAUCUAGGACUAUCACUUCCAGCUCUCCAGACUUAAACCUACUUACCUGGCUCAAAAAUUUAAGGAAUAACAUCAUUUUCAGCCUGUGAUCCAAAUAACAUUUUCCAGUCUGCUCCAGAACAAACCAUGCUUCAGAUAAUACACCUGGAAACUAAGCAAAUGGAAUUAUGGUUGACAAAGAGACUAUAAUUCAGAAGAUAACCAUUUCUCUCCUUUUAGAAAGCAGCAGAAUUGUGACUCAUUGGGAGAGAGUACAGCAUGUUGGUUACAUGUGUUGUCUCUGGAGUUGGAUGGACCCCUGCUCAAAUCAUUUACCCUAGACAUAUCUCCUGGUACAUGCUACUGAAGAUCUUGGGCCUUUGGUCUCCCAGAGUGAAAAAGGAUGGUAAUACAUCAGCUGUUACCCAAACCAGGAACUUGAGUUAUCUUUGGUUUUAGCUUUUCCUUCACUAGGCCCUUUGGAGUCUACCUCCAAAUAUACAUCUUAAACCUAUCCACGUCUUCAGAAAUCUUCAACCACCAUCCUAUAUCUAACCAUCAUCAUCUCUACUCUGGAAUGCUACAAUAAACUCUGAACAACUCUCCCCAAUUUUUGCUCUUACCUCCUUUUACUCCAUUUUCCACAAGACAGCCAGAAUCAUAUUUUUAAUAUGAAUUGUAUCUUUUACUUGUCUACUUAAAGCUCUAUGAGAUUUUCCCAUGCACUGGAAUGAAACUGCACCUCCACAGCUCUGGCAGGUCUGGCCCAUCUCCAGCCUCAGCUAUCAUCACUCUCCCACCUCUAUCUCUAUCCUCCCUGAUCCUCCUUCAGUUCCUCUAUUAGAGGAAAGAUUUAUUUAUGUUGAAGUUAUUCACAUCUGCCUUAAGGUCCUUCCUCUGCCUGCCUGGCUUCUUAUUCUUUCAGGCUUAGCUCACAUAUGUCAUCUUCUAAAAGAAACCUUCUCAGCCCUGACCAGUGUGACUCAGUUGGUUGGAGCAUUGCCCCAUAAUUGAAGGAUUUCAAGUUCUAUUCUGGGACAGGGCACAUGCCUGGUUUGCAAGUUCAUUCAUUCCCCCAUUCAGGCAGAUGUGUAGGGGAAGCAGUCAUACAUGCUUCUCUCUCAUAUUGAUGUUUCUCUCCCUUCCUCUCUAAAAAGCAAUGAAAAAAUAUCCUUAAAUGAGGAUAAAAAUAUAACAAUAAAUAAACAAGACCUUCUCAAACACUCUAUCUGAAGUGCCCUCCCCAAUAUACUGUUAUAACUUCCAUGUCAUUUAUCACAUGUCAAUAAAUAUUUAUUUUUAUUUGUUUAAUGUUUGUUCUUCCUCCUAUACCACAAACUCUCCAGGAAUGGGGAUCAUAAUGAUUUUAUUUAUCACUGUUCCCCUAGCAUAGUAUCUAGCACAUAACAAGUGUUCAAUAAAUCUUUUUAAUAAAUAAAUGAAUACAUAAUAAAGUUUUGUGAGAAUUAAAUAGGACAAUGUACCUGAAGCCUUUAGCAUGGUGCUUAGCCCAUAAAACAGCUCAAUAAAUGUCAGCUUUUGUUGUUAUUAUUGCUAUUAUUAAAUUACAUCCUUCUGAACUGACAGAAUUUUCUCACAAACCUUCAAAGAAAUAAAAGAGAAAGGAUAUAUUGUCUGAGCCCAGCUUCCCUAUCAUUUCUUACCUUUUCUCAAAUUCCAUUAUUUUACCCCAUUUGAAAAAUAAUGUUCUUCUUCUCCUGGGAAGAGUUCUCUGAUUUUUUGUGGGUUCAAGUAUUUUUUAAUGUUUAAAAAAACACUUUAUUGAGGUAUGAUUGACAUACCAAAAACUAUACAUAGUUAAUGCAUAAAACUUGAUGAGUUUGUACAUAAGUAUACAUUCUUGAAACCACGAUUGUAAUCAAUACUGUAAACAUAUCUAUCACCUCCAGAAGUUUCCUCUACCUUUUUUAUUUUAUUGAUUUGUAAUUUUUUGUGUAUGAUAAGAAUACUUACCAUAAUACUUACCCUUUUAUAAAUUUUUAAGUAUACAAUGCAGUAUUGUUGACCAUAGGCACUAUGCUGUACAACAGAUUUCUGAGACUUAUUCCUCUUGCAUAACUGAGAUUUUUAUACCCUUUAACCAACAUCUUUUUUAUU